ACCACGUAGGCAGUUGUUAGAAGUGCCGUUUUGUAAAACAAACAAACUUGUAAAUCCUUACGGCCACUGGUUUUUAAUGUUUUUCAUGUGUUUGCGCUCAACAGUGAGGUAGACCUUAUGCUGGCAAAUUUUACCGGAGUGUCGGCGUGUGAUUUAUCCCGUGGAUGCGGCUGUCAGGGUCGGUGUCUGAGCCCUGCAGGAUCAGCCUGUCAUAGGGCAUCAUGAUUUCUCUGGUUCUUCACAAGUGGAUGAGGAAUAUUUCACCGGAGAUGCUGCUGUUGGUGCCGAUAUUGUGGUUUUUACCUCUGACUGGAGCGGCUCCGUCUCAGACUACCGAGCAGCUGGACACUGGUGUGGACUGGCUGAGUAAGUUUGGCUACCUCCCGCCCCCUGACCCAGUGACUGGUCAGCUCCAGACCAAGGAGGCGCUGACCAAGGCCAUCAAAGCCAUGCAGAAGUACGGAGGGCUGAAGGAGACCGGCGUCUUAGACCAAGCCACACUGGGCCUAAUGACAACACCCAGAUGUUCUCUGCCAGAUGUGUCUGAGGCCGGGGUGACAGUGGGCCGCAGGAAACGAAGUCCGACUCCGCAGAACAAAUGGAAUAAGAGGCAUCUGUCCUGGAGAGUGAGGACCUUCCCUAAGGACUCUGCCUUACUGGGCAGGGACACUGUUCGAGCCCUCAUGUACUACGCCCUGAAGGUCUGGAGUGACAUCGCACCACUAAACUUCCACGAGGUGGCCGGCAAUGAUGCAGACAUUCAAAUCGACUUCACCAAGGCCGACCACAGCGAUGGAUAUCCCUUUGACGGGCCGGGGGGCACCGUGGCGCACGCAUUUUUCCCCGGGGAGAGGUUCACAGCUGGGGAUACACACUUUGAUGACGACGAGGCCUGGACCUUCAGAUCUCCAGACUCUCAUGGGAUGGAUCUGUUUGCGGUUGCGGUCCAUGAGUUCGGUCACGCCAUUGGCCUGGUCCACACCUCAGCCAUAGAGUCCAUCAUGAGGCCGUACUACCAGGGUCCCGUAGGAGACCCUCUGAAAUACGACCUACCCUAUGAAGACAAGGUCCGCGUCUGGCAGCUCUACGGUGUCAGAGACUCGGUGUCUCACACAAACCGUCCAGGCAACCCCUCACAGACGGUUGAACCUCCUGUCCUGCUGGAUCUUCCUGAAAACAGAUCCACUCUCCUGCUGGCGCGAGAUGCCCCAGACAGAUGCUCCAGCAACUUUGAUGCAGUGGCCCAGAUACGUGGAGAGGCCUUCUUUUUCAAAGGGAAGUACUUCUGGCGACUAACAAGAGAGAAGCACCUGGUGUCUCUGCGUCCCGCUCAGAUACAUCGCUUCUGGAGGGGCCUCCCACCCAAUCUGGACAGUGUGGAUGCUGUGUAUGAGAGGCCUGGGGACCACAAAAUAGUAUUUUUCAAAGGUCUGAAGUACUGGGUAUUUAAAGACAAUAACGUGGAGGAGGGCUACCCUCGUCCCAUCAGUGACUUUGGCCUGCCCUCGGAAGGAGUGGAUGCAGCCUUUGUUUGGCUACACAACGACAAAACCUACUUCUUCAAGGACAACCACUACUGGCGCUACGAUGACCACCUGAGACGUAUGGACCCGGGCUACCCUAAAGACAGUUUGCUUUGGAAGGGGCUGCCGCCACAACUGGACGACGCCAUGAGGUGGUCUGAUGGCUCGUCCUAUUACUUCAAGGGGAAGGAAUACUGGCGAGUGCCGAGCAGCGACAUGGAGGUGGAGGCAGGAUACCCCCGCCUCAUCGCUAAAGACUGGCUGCUGUGCACCGAGAUGCAGUCUGACUCUCCGGACACGCAACCCAAAAGCACGGAAACGAGAGUCAACGAGCACCAUCAACCGGACCACGCAGAGAAUGGAUACGAGGUGUGCUCCUGCACCUCGGACACCGCCUCGCCUUUAGGCGCCCGCCCCUCCCCAUCUCCCCUAUGGCUGCUGCCACCUCUCUGGACGCUCUCGCUGGCCCUCUGCUCUGAACUGCUAUGAUGCCAAAGCAUGGGACAACGUUCCUGAGCUGAUUGGUGGAGGGCCAGUAGACACUCAGUGAAAGCAAAAACUGGAAUAUUUUCCUCUUACAAUAUCAUUUGGUAUUUUUUAGCGCUUAUUGUUCUGUUAUUUAUUUUACAUGUCAUUUGGUGGGCACUGCCAGCUCAUGAAAUCAUCCUUAUAGGCAUCAACCCACACAUGCUUUACAAAGUUUGUUACUGAAUGGUCAAACUGCCUCAUCUCUACAAGGAACAAUGCUAUAGAAAUGUAUUCCAAGAGUGCAGCAGGUUUACCUUUGCAAUGUCUCACAUAAAGACAAGUUAAAGGCAUCCUGAGAGGCAGGCUUUAUUACAGAGUAGCUUCACCAAAUGUAGCUCAAAAUUAGUUAAAAAUUACCAAAAAAAUGUUUUUACAUUUAAGUCUAGUGGUGUCUAGCCAUGUAGAUGGUUACAUUUUUAGGUAAUAGUUUCUGCCUCCACCCUAAUACAGUGGAGAUGAAAGGAAUUUAUUUGUGCUGCUCAACACACUAAAAAAUGACUUUUGAAAAAGCGCACAGUAGUGUGUCUUUACAAGGACAGUAGCAGGGACAUUUGAAUUUGAAGUUAUGAAAGUAAUUUCUGUUUACGCACCACUAACACUUUCCAUUCGCCUAACAUUCAGUGUGCAAACUUCUUACUGUGAGAGCUAUAAGGAUGGAUGGACUCGCCAUGGUUUCAUCAUUUCCACACCUGGUUCGGAAGCAUUCCCUGUUCUUGCUUUUUUUAUUAAAUCAAAUUCAGAUUAAAUAAUAUCCGUGUUUAUUUUACAUUGCUUUAAUCAGGUCAUAGAGUUUAUAGAGCCUUUUUGGACUAUUGAACAAUUUCCUUUAUCACUCUUAACUCCUUCUGAAGAGUUACAACUUGGCCGCUGAGUUUAUUCUUGCUGUAAAGAUAUAUUUACCUAUAGACUGAUAUAUUUGAGUUAAAAGGUUCUGCAGUUAUUGCAUAACCGGGUGGAUUGUGUAUAUUUUAAGCUGUGUUUUUUAAUGUAAAAUAUUUUUAUAGAAAAAUCAAAUAAAAAUCUGAAUG